AUUGAUCCCUCCCGGCUCCCGUCGCUGCGCUCCCUCCUCCUCCUUCUCGUCCUCCUCCUCCCAGUCCGGCCCGCCCCAGCGGCGCGGCGCGGUGAGCGGAGGGGAGCGGCGCGGCGCGGCCGGGGACGCGGCGAUGGCCGAUUACUGGAAGUCUCAGCCAAAAAAAUUCUGUGACUACUGCAAGUGCUGGAUAGCAGACAACAGACCUAGCAUUGACUUCCACGAAAGAGGAAAGAAUCAUAAAGAAAAUGUGGCAAAAAGAAUUAGUGAGAUUAAAAAGAAAAGCUUGGAAAAAGCAAAAGAAGAAGAAAACAUGUCAAAAGAAUUUGCAGCAAUGGAGGAGGCUGCAAUGAAAGCAUAUCAAGAGGAUUUGAAAAGGCUUGGAAUUAAGCCAGAUGAUGUAGGUCCCAGUUCGACACAGAGUAAAACACAGAGUAACACAGUGGAAACUAAAGGAAAGAAAGAAAAGAAAGAGAAGAAGGAGAAGAAGGAAAAGAAAGAAAAGAAAGAAAAGAAAAAAAAGACACCUCAGGACACCCCAGUGCCACCAAAAAGUGAAAAAAAGGAGUGGGUGCAAGGCUUUUCUCCUGAAGGGUAUACAUAUUACUACAACACAAGAACAGGAGAAUCACAGUGGGAGAAACCUAAAGGAUUCCAAGGCAACUCCCAAAACUCACAAACGACAGCAGAGUGGGUAGAAGGUGUCACUGAAGAUGGUCAUACCUAUUACUAUAACACACAAACAGGAGUGUCCACAUGGGAGAAACCAGAUGGUUUUGUUUCAUCUUCAAAUGAGAAGAGUCAACGUGACAAGCAUUCUGAAGAGCUUGCAGAAACAGAUUCCAAAGAGUCUGAUUCAGACUCGGAAGAUAGUGAAAGCGAAGCACAGAGUUCAGAAACAAAUUCCAAGAGGAAAGGAGCUAAUGGUGAAGAAUCAGAGGAAGGGAAAAAAUCUAAAGCUAAAAAGUUAAGUCCAUAUGGGAAAUGGCGAGAAGUUAAGUCAGAAGAAACUGUUAAUAAAGAGGAGAGUACAUCAGGUUCCCAAGAAACCUCCAGUGAUGCAUCUAACAAGACCAACCCUUACGGCAAAUGGAAAGCAAUUAAGGAAGAAGAAGAAGAAGAAGAAGAACCAAGUGAAAAAGUGGACCUGGAGCUUCCUAGUACGGAGAGCGACAAUCUACCACCUCCAGUGCUAGAGGUUCCAGAAGAUGCGACAGUGAUAUUUAAAGAGAAGACAGUCACCUCCCUUGGGGACCUGACAGAAGGGGUGCCAACAUUUAAAAAGAGGAAAUUUGAAAAUGGAAAAUCUAGAAACUUAAGACAAAGACUAAGUGAUCAGUAAUACUUAACAAAUCAUUUUAGAUUCUGUUUAAGCUAGAGUGAAUCAAAAGUUUAAUACUUUAAACAGGCUUUUAUAAAGAAAAUGUUGGAUAGAAAUUAAGGAUUUAUAGGUAUUAAAACAUACGUGAGUUGUAAUAUUUUUUUAUUUUAUUUUGAUGUGAUUGAUUUUGGAAUGGAAGUUUGUGUUAUAUUACUUAUGCAAUAUUGUAAAUACAUUUAUUUUUUAUUUUAACCAUGCCACCUAAGUUGGAUUUGCUCUAUGUGUGCUGUUUUAAAUACAUCGUGUAAGGUUUUUUACUCCUUUUCUAAGUAUGGGAGAAUGUAGUAAUCCUUAAUCUGGCAAAAAUAAUGCAGAGGAACUGGAUCAAUGGCAUGUACUAGAGAGUAAAAUCAUCCCUGAAGAUUGUGGAGUAGUUUCCCAACUAAUGAGUAAAAAUAUUGUGCUUACUAACCUUUGGCUAAUCGCUUGCAGAAGAGUAGGUGGUGCGAGCGCCAACAUUUUGAAUAGGUCAUUUGAAAGCUGUUUUUAGAGGAGUUAGUCACAUCAGUGCCACUCAUUUCAAAUAACUUUCUGAUGGGAAUUACUUGUGUCCACGCAUGAGAAGUAUAUUAAACCUCUGCAGAAGAUUUUAAACCUGUUGAAUCUUAGCUUUUAAUAAUGGCACCAGAGCCACCUCUGUUGUAGUACUUAUUUCUGUGGUGUCUUCCUGUUGCAUUUUGCUUUAUUAUUGUCUCUACCUGAAUUUUUCUUUCUUUUUACACAUCAAGUUUUCCUUUUUUGGUCUUGUUUUUGACUCUUACCCUGUUAAAAAAAAAUAUUGCCUGAUGUUUUUAUGAAAAUAUAUUCCAGAGAGCAGCCCUGCUACAGUAUACAGCACCCUUUUUGAGGCUGAUAGUUUUGUCUGUUGAUAAAAGGAGAGUGUUGAGUAGUUGCAGUGUUUGCUAGGCUGAGAGGGGCUAAGUGUAUUGAAGCUUCAUCGUUCUCAGUACCACAGGAGAGGAAAACAAAAAAGGAUAAGUAGAGCUGAUGGCUUGGAUGUUUUCUUAAGGAUUGUAAAUUUGAUUUCUUCACCUGGUGGUUUGGUCUGCGUUUCGCAUCAUCAAGAUUCAUUGGCUGCGUAAGAAUACAGCUAUGCUUAUUGCUGCUCUGGAUAUCAGAGGACCAUAAAUGCUCAAAUCAUUCAUCCAUUAAAAGAUACAUCUCUGUUUCUAAAGCUUACAGUGUUUUGUUCAGGGGAGUCUCAGUCAAAAACAGAGGUGUAGUUAAUGCAGUUGUCGGAGUCCAGCUACAGGGAAAUAGAGUUGGUAACUGCUGAGCUGGAACUUCAUUGAGAAGAUGACUGUUAAUCUGUCAGAUCAGUGGAGAAAGGAGUACAAGACAGGAAAUCGGGUUUAUCAUGUAUUACCAAGGAAGCUGAAGUCCUUUUUUCUAUUCUGCAACAUUUUCUCUGUGUGUAGAAGAGCAUUAAGUACCAUGUUUAAUCCCAUGUGUUUCAGGUUUUGUUCUCACUCUUAUUUGAACAUUACCCCAGCAGCUAGGAGCCUGUUCUAACUUGAAGCCUCCGUGUGUUUGUGACCCAUUUCCACUCGUUUCCCCCAAACUAACACAAGUAUUGCCCUUCAGCUAAGUAGCUUUUCUUCCUCUUGAAUCCAUCACAUCUUUUCUGAAUCACAUAAAGCAUCCUUGUGUCGAAAGGACCGUCGAUGCUCCACCAGCACUUCCCUUCAUCCGUUCCAGCCUGAGUUUGCCUAGAUUUGUGUUCAAGGAAGAUUAACGCCACGCAUGAGGUCACUAAUACUUCCUUAGCGUAUUGGAAAUAACUUCUGAUACGUCCCCGAACCACAUUUGCCUGUCACUUGACUGCAUCACGCUGCCUGCCGUGGGUGCCCUGUCAUUUACCAGUACAGCUAGCUAGCUCUGUGUGCCUUUGCCAUUGCCAACUGCUGAGUCAACAGCUGGUCAUGCUUUCCUUUCCAGCACAAUUUCUUUUUUUCUCACAAAUUUGUUUUGUACUGCUGUACUACUCAUCCUGCUUCUGUUACUCCAAGCCUAAAGUACAUUCCUUUCUUUAUGGUCUCUCUAAAAUUAUUUUAUUGUUUAUUAGUGCAGUUUUAUACAGCAGUAGAGUUUUUUUUCAUAGGCUUCACUUUUAAUAACCUCCAGGGAGGACAUCUUUCCUUAUAAAUGCUUUGCCUAUGGAAGUGGUCACAGGCAGUGAUUUAAGAUACCCGUAACUCAAUUGCUCAAACAGAUGUUUAAUAACAUCUGAAAAUAAGCGUGUUCAAAACUUGUUUCCUUGAGGAGCUGCUGUUAGUUGUAAUGUGAACCAAAGUUCUUCAUCAAGUACUGUGUUUAACAGACAGAUCAAGUGUUUACAUUAGGAAAAAAGACAAAAAGUUUUGUUCACCGCUAGUAAAGUUGGUUUAAAUACCACAUGCUUGCUUUUGCUGAUGUGACUUCUGAAGCCUGCAUUUCACAAAGAAAUACAGCGCUUCGAUCCCCGCUACCUCUGGAAGUCAGUGUGAGGAGAGACAGGUUUACUUUUUGUCCUUAAGAGUAAAUUAUAACGAGGGCCAGCUGAACCAAAUGUGAUAUAUCCAAAGCCACUGUUUAAUUUUGCACCGUGCUGUCGUUGGAUUUCCUUAUUGCAUAUCUAAACCAAAUAUUUUUCUCUUCCAUACAAAAAUACUGUCUUGUGUGAGAUGUAAGGCAGACGCUGCUUUUCCAGGACAUCUGUUCUGCGCAGAGCUCUCUCCCUUCCGUGCUAUCUCCCUGCAAAAUCUGCCUUUGGAAUUUGCCAUAGGAAUCCUGUAGGUAUUACCACAGUUACGCUCCUCAUCUGCUAAUCCUUCCUUGGGCUGUACUGGUUUUUGACAAAGGAAUGUUCCUUUUACUGUUUCAGAAGAAGUGUUUUGUUUUCUGGCCAACCUAUUUUCUAUCAUGCAGCAUGUUGUUUAUCUGCUUGCCUCCUCCUGUUGCAAGCUCCUUGAGUGAGGACUGCAUCCUUGGUUUUAUAGGCUGUCGCAGAUAUCAUUAGCGAUGUGAGAAGGAGAGAUGGAGAGGAAAGGGGAGUCACUGAGAUUCCUGAUGAUGAUUUCUUCCAUGUGAUUUUGAGCGAGUCAAUUGACUGCUCUGUGUUUUCGUUCCCUUGCUCAUCUUUCACCUGUCUUGUACUGCGAAGCACUUUCUAAACAGACAGGACACCCUUCUUUGGUGUGUGUGUUUUUGCAGUAGGGCCUGCCUGAAGUUGGUGAUGCUUUUAGAAGCAAACAUAUUGCAUAUGCUAAAAAAAAAAAUUAUUUUGUUGGGCACUUGUUAUGCUGGGAGGUGUGCAGAGACCUGCUCAAUUUGACCCAGGUUAUAGAAUAACCCUUGUUCCUCUUUAGGCUAAGCCAAAUUUUAACCCUUCACCUGGGAAUUUGUAGACCGAAAUCCAGACUUUCACAACAGGGUAAAGUUUGGGUUUGGUUAGUCCCUUGUAGAAAAAAUCUGUGCUGCAGCAUCAUCCGGUCCCAAUACUCACGUAUAGAAGGUGGGAGCGCUGCUCAUGACAUGCAUCCAAGUUAAAUUCACUGACCUGUGCAUGUAUAAAAACAUUCCCCUCCCCCAGUACAUUAUUUCAGUGCAUAUUUUGGCAUCUCAGAAAGGGAGUAAAAAACUAUUUCAUGGUGCUUGGUUUCCUUGAUUUGCUUUUUGAGUUGUACCUCCCCAUUUUAGUACUUCUCUUAUUAUUGGUGUCUUCCUCAAACCGUCUUCCUCCAGCAUUCCUAUAUAUGCAAACCUACGUAUCACCGCUGUGCCGCGUUUCUAGGGUCCACCUUCACCUUAUCCCCUGCUCUACUGAGAUCUUUGGAAAGCUUCGCGUUGCCUUAUGUAGGCCGCCGUGUCUCCAGAUCCCAGGUUACGCCGAGCGCUUCUGCUGCCUUUUUGCGUCAUGCCCUGAGGAGUUACAACCUUACCUAUUUCCAGACAACACCCGAGCUAUUUCAAGGCCGGCUACAUGUGCUCUUUUGAUUCUCUUGACAGUUGAUUUUCCCAAGACAGAUUUCAUUCUGUUCCUUCUAUGGGGUUUGCAGCCCUUAAAUCCUUUCGCUUGUUGGUACAAAAGCUGCCUGUAUACCUUCUGCUGCGGCAGCCCUCUGGUUCUGUUUUGUCAGCCAUAUCUCUUCAGACUCUCCUGUAUCUACCUCUUAAGUCCUUCUACCUUCUACCUUUUAAAUUAUUUAACUUAUAAAUUGUGCUAACCGUUUGUGUGAUGACAAAAUCUAGCUUCGUGAAACGUUUUGGGAUGUGGCUAGAAUAAAAGUUUCUGUACAAAGCAAAAAGUGUUGCAAAUAAUAAGCUGAAAAAGGCUAAAUUUGCCCAGGAAUGUUCCCGGAGAAUGUCAGCAAAUGCAGAUUUGAUUUUACUUGUAAAAGCAGAAAUAGCCUAUGUUAAAAGCGCGCAGACAGCAUUAUACAGACCACGGGCUGAGGACAGUGGACUUCAAUGGCUUGCUUAACUGAAGAUACGGUGAAGAACAGUGGGGUGACUGAUAAAAAAGCGCUUGUUUUAGUUUAUAAGUACUGUUGGCGAGGUUAAACAGCUGGUUUCUCUUUAACAGCUUCUCAGCUGCAAUUACAAAAUAUUGCAAGCUCUUGAAGUGGAGUUUAUAUGAAAAUACCAAAUAAAGCUUUCAUUUGAACAAUCUGUA